UGUCGUCAUAUUUGACCUUCCCUGUAGUUCCACCCACGGUUGACAUGUCGAAACAACAGUGAAGUUUAAUCCCACGCGACUGUGAAACAGUCACCUCUUGAAUGUUUUCGUCACACAGGGUGCUGAGUAAACAGAGGGAACAAUGGUGAAAUAUUUCUGCUGCGCAGGUUUACUCAAAAGUACCUGGGACCAAGUCUGUAUUGCUUUCUGGCAAAGAUAUCCCAACCCUUACAGUAAUCAUGUUUUGACUGAGGACAUCAUUUUCCGGGAGGUUACUCCAACCAACUGCCUAAUUUCCAGGCGUCUGUUGACCAAACAUAGUCGAGCACCUCGGUGGAUGGAGCGGUACCUUCCAAAACACAUGGCCAGCUCAGCGUACGUCAUUGAGGACUCCAUCGUGGACCCUCAGGAGAGGACCAUGACCACACUCUCAUGGAACAUCAGCCACGCUCGACUAAUGUCUGUGGAAGAGCGGUGUGUGUAUCAAAUUAACCCAGAGAACAACAGUUGGACAGAGCUGAAAAGAGAAGCUUGGAUCUCGUCCAAUGUCUAUGGGCUCUCUAGAGCUAUUCAGGAAUUUGGUCUCGCAAGGUUCAAGACCAGUGUUACAAAGACAAUGAAAGGGUUUGAAUAUGUGUUGGCCAAAAUGCAAGGUGAAACUCCAUCAAAAACCUUGGCAGUAACAGCAACAGAGCGGGCAAGAGAGACAGCAAUGGCAGCUAAGGAGAAAGCCAAAGACUUGGCCUCACAUGCUCAAAAGAAACAGUUUGUGUGAAGAACUACCUGAAUCACUCGUUCUGUAGCUGCUGACACUGAGACAGAUUUGUCUUUCCCAUCUUCUCAUUGUUCAGACCAGCAUCAGGGUAAGAUAAACUGAUCCCAGUCCUGGGUAGACACCUCUGUGAGGAAGUAUCCAAAUGAAAUUGGUGGGUGGACCGUAAAAGGCCAAAGCUGGGAUCAGGAGCCUGCUCCAGCCUCCCUUUCUGUACCAUGCCAAAUAUAUCAUACCUUUUCUAAGGAUUAGAUCAUCCCAGUUUGACCUGGAGAAAGAAAGUACUGGUCAGAUUCUUUACAGCACUAGUUGACAUGAAAAAAAAAAAAGAUAGGUCUUUGCCUACCUUGAUACCUUUCCACAGACCUUUGCUCAACCCAUGUGCCUAUCAAUGUUAAUUUGUCAUAUUAUUUUAUUAUAAUUACUUGAUUAUUAAGGUCCAAUUGUCUCAGAAUAUAUAUAUAUAUACAUAUAUGUAUAUAUCUAUAUAUGUAUGUAUAUAUAUGUAUGUAUAUAUAUAUAUAUACACAUGUAUAAUUAAUGCACUGUUGCGUGAUUUAGUCAUUUAAUUACUUUCAUGUUCUAUUUUUAGUUCAUUAGUUAAUCAUCCUACAAGACCAGCUACUUAAGGCUAAGGUUCACUGACUGAAGAAGGGUCCAUGUUGUUGGCAGAAUAAAUGCCCAGCCCUGUUGACAUUGUGGUAUAAUUUGGUUGCAAUGGAAAAUCAACAUCUUCACUUGAAUUUAAAAUGUAAAAAUUGCAUUGUACAUUCAGAUUACAUCAGAUGAUACGACCCAUGCGACGCUUUGCUCUUACUUGGUCAAUUAAAUAUCAAAUUGUCAAUAAAUGGACAGUGUUUUUGUAA